UCACAUGCAGUUACAGCAAAACUCAAUGAAUGACAGACAAGUAUAGCAGUGAACCUGCCUGCAGCCUUUCUGCACGGCACAACCCUUGGAUGAUUUCUUUCAUAGAAACAUCUGACAGAUGAUUCGCUCUUUUUAUUUUAAAUAUCUUACAGCUUAGUAAGAUUUCCACCAUGGUGCUCGGAAAGGUGAAAAACUUCUUUGUCAGCUACGACUGUCUCAAUGACAGUAACGUCCCUGUCUUCGCCAGUGGGGACUUUGUCUCGGGUCGGGUGAUCAUUGAAGUUACCGGAGAAAUUCGCGUGAAAUCUCUGAACAUUCACGCCAAGGGACUGGCGAAAGUUCGCUGGACUGAAUCACGUAAUGCUGGAUCCAACACUGCCUACACACAGAAUUUCACUGAAGAAGUGGAGUAUUUAAACCACAGAGACGUCCUUAUUGGACAUGAUAGAGAUGAUGAAAGCUGUGACGAGGGCUUCACCGUUCUUCACUCAGGGCGACACGAGUUUCUCUUCAGCCUCGAACUGCCCCAGACGCCUUUGGCGACAUCCUUUGAAGGCAAACACGGCAGCGUACGGUACUGGUUGAAAGCGGAGCUUCAUAGGCCAUGGCUCCUGCCCAUGAAAACCAAGAAGGAGUUCACCGUCUUUGAGCACAUUGACAUCAACACUCCAUUGUUACUGUCUCCUCAGGCUGGCACAAAGGACAAAACCCUUUGCUGCUGGUUCUGCACCUCAGGGCCUGUAUCACUAAGUGCCAAAAUCGAGAGGAAGGGCUACACUCCAGGAGAGUCCAUCCAGAUCUUCGCAGAGAUUGAAAACUGCUCUUCCCGUGUGGUCGUGCCAAAGGCAGCCAUCUACCAAACCCAGACCUUCUUUGCCAAAGGGAAGGUCAAGGAGAUCAAACAACUCGUAGCUAACCUCCGUGGAGAUCCUCUACCCCCUGGCAAGAGCGAGACUUGGGACGGCAAGAUGCUGAAGAUCCCACCCAUUUCGCCUUCCAUUCUGGACUGCAGCAUCAUCCAUGUGGAAUAUUCACUCAUGGUGUAUGUGGACAUCCCUCGAGCUGUCAACUUAACCCUGAACCUGCCCUUGGUGAUCGGCACCAUUCCCAUCCACUCCUUCGGCAGUCGCACCUCUUCUGUCAGCAGUCAGUGCAGCAUGGCUAUGAGCUGGUUGGGAUUGCCUGAGAGACCUGAAGCUCCACCAAGCUACUCUGAAAUCAUCACCAAUGAGGAGCGACAGAACAACUUGGAGCUCCCGGCUGUGAGAGAUGAGACUGAAGGACCACUUUAUGCUUACAUCCAUGAAUUCCGCUUCCAACCUCCGCCUCUGUAUUCUGAGGUUGAUCCCCAUCCUGAGCAGGUGUGCGGCUCCAUGGACAGGAGACCAGAUACCUGUCCAUCCCGCUGAAGGAGUGACCACACCUGACCAGUGCUGUCAGGGAUCUCUUAUCUCUACAACCUCAACUGGGGUUUGUUCUUCCUUCAUGAGGAGGCAUGAGUAGCCAUCUUGGUGCGCAGAUGGAUAUCCUCCAGGAAACACUCCCAAUCCGAGUCGAGUCCAGCUCAGCAGCCCCUAAAAUCCGCUGAAGAUCUUGAGUGAUUCCCCUCCCCCUCCAUCCUUGGUGAAAAGAGUACAUACAAGAUUUGUUUGGAGAAAACUGUGCCCUUGACACCAAGAUGGAUUAAACGCAACACCACUAAGUGUGAGAACAGUGUCCAAACAUCUCCAGCCUUGUUUUGGAUGUGAUUCUUCACUUAUUUGAAUGAUCAGACUGAAUCAUCUUGAAGAUUUUUUGGUGAUCAUUAUUCUAAAAGCAACAAAUAACUCCAACCAUCCUGCAUCCACUCCAACAGAACAAUGACAGACUUGUCAAUUUUUUGUCAUUUCUUGACUUAAAAGAAGUGGCUUUACCACAUUGAUUUUCUUGAAACGUUUUAAGAACGUUGUAAACUGUAGAUGUGGAUACAACAAGACCUGCUGCAAAGCAUUAUGGAUGGGAUUCUGACAUGCCACGUUGCCUUUCUUCUCGAAAGAAACUGCGAGAGCAUCAAACUGAACAUGGCACUGAUUCAAGUGGCGAAAGAAAAGAUACCAUUGACGGCGAACGAAGAGAACUCUCAUCGAGAAGCAAGACAUUCUUGAAUUAGUCCUCCCGCUCAUGCUGUUACAAGAUACGCAGAGAACUGCACUCCAGAACUCAUUUAGAGCCUCGUACUAUAUGUGCAAAUAAGAGCUAACUAGACUUUCUUUUUCCCUACUCUUCUGACUGUGGCCUGUUGGUGUAGGCCUAUUUUUUUUUUUUUUUUAGCACUUUUCAUCGAUUGCAUUCAAAGUGUAUACCGAAGUAGGGUUGCAAAGGGGUGGAAAAUUUCCGGUAAAUUUCCAGAAACUUUCCAAAAAUUCCUGUAAAGUUUACAAAAUUUCUGGACUAUUUCUGAAAUUUACUGGAAAUUUUCCACCUUUUUGCAACCCUAUACCGAAGCUUGGCUAAUACGAUGCACAAGUUUGACAAACAUAUGCUCUGACAUUUACAUCUGAUUUUAGCUAUGUUUGUUUACAUAAAUGUGCUGUUAUCAGACAAACUAGAGUCACUAGCUACACGUUUGGACUAAUGAAACAAUCUUUGUGGCCUUGGCACAAAAACCAUGAAUUUGUCUGAAUUUGUGCGCUGUGCUGACAUUUACCUAUACCUAAAAAAGGGACUAUGUAUUUUUUGUGAACUGUAUGCAUCCUUACCUUGAUGUUUGUGCUUUGGGUCAUGGUGAAAAUUGUUGCCGUUUGUUUUGUUUUCUAUUGUUUUAUCUUAGAUACUACGAGAACAUUCUCAAACAUGCACUUCCAGGGAAUUAAAGAACCCUCAUAAAGACUGAACAUGUAAUGCAUACUGCAUAUAGGAGGCGACGUUACUCUUCAGUCAGGCUGGUCCAGAGCUAAUUAAACUGGCUUCCAUUGUUUUUCAUUUCAGGGGUUGAUGGGUGAAAUGGGUAUUAAGCUACUCCCAAGCCGAACGGUGCAAUAUCCGCUGUGUUUUCAGUGCGUUUCCACAUAGUUUUGUAUUCUUGGCUUGUUUCUAACUUUUAUACCAUUUUGUAGGUUGUCUAUAUGAUGUCACAGCAAAAAAUGUUUUUAUGUUUGUCUGUUUUUGCACCAGUGUUUAAAUAAAUAUGCCAUUUUAUACAAAAACUAAAGUU